AUGGACACACUUCCCCCCGAGCUUCUUACUCUGAUUCUUGAGAAGAAUGUCGACAUGUGCCGCUGCGAUAAAAAUACCGUUCUGAAUUUGCGAUUAGUCUGCCAAGCGUUUAAUAAGAUUUUGAAGCCCUCAAUCUUCAAGACGAUUCAACUGGAGUUCACGCGAUUCAUUCAAUUCCGGGAUAUUGAUGGCUAUCCAGAUCGAUUGGAGACGCUCCAAAAUAUAACCUCAUUGCCAUCCUCCAUCAAUUUAGAUAUGAUGGUAGUAAGAGAUCCAGAUGAAAUCGACCGUCUUAAAGAUGCCUUCGAUACUAUUGUCUCUAGGGUUCCUGAAAUGGCGGACAUGAUUGAGUCUCUUCGAAAUUAUUGCCUUCACGCAGAUACGUUUACAGAGGAGGACUACAGUCGUCUCAUUCGCAGGAUCUUCCAUAGUGGUCCACAGAUAACCCGAAUUAAGCUCAGCCUACCAUUCCAAGUCGUCGGCAGUUCUUCCAUGACAACAACAAGAUUAUUGGCACACACUCUAGCAUGUGCGGCAAAUCGCCCCGAGGAACACUUAAAAAUUGAUACAAUGGUCUUGGAUCACGUCAGUGACAAAACAAUCAACAACAUAUUCAAUGUACCUAUUGAUGUCGAAAAUGCCUUCAAGACAUUCGAAAAUUUGAAAAGUCUAGUGAUAUCUUUCAAGAGGCAGGAGGAUGAAGUAGGGAUGCAAGCGAUUUUUGCUAGGAAUAUUUGGUUGUUAAUUCGAAAAGCACAGGGUUUGGAAAGCUUAUGUUUGAUCGGGUCGAAUGUUGCGAGGAAGAAGAGUAGAAGAAACUCCAGCCGCUUGGAUUUUAUGGAAUGGUCAAUGCAGUUCCCUUUCUAUUAUCCCAGCGCAGGACCUGUCCUCAAUAACUUGAGAUUUUUGGAAUUAAAGCGGUUGGAUAUAGACCCUGACCUGUUGUUCAUUUUGAUCAAGGAGAAUUGCCGUUCCUUAACGGAAUUAUACUUGAUCGAGGUCUCGUUGAAAGUCUUUGGUUCGGUUGAUAAAGGGAAUAUUAGUUUAUGGGUAGGUCACCCGAAUGGCAACCCGCCUAAGCGUGAGAAAGGCAUAUGGCUUGCUCCAGCUCUACGAGAAAUUGAAGAUCUCAAACUCAAAAUCCUUCGAGUUAGUAGCCUGGGUUACGAUGAUUACGAUCCCGAUCCUGAUUCGGUAAAUCCCAAUUACGACCUUGACGAUCCUACUGCGCACAAUCGAUCUCUUGAACAGAGGUUUGUGGAAGCUGUACUUGGUACAAAGGCUCCGCCGACCUUGGAAGCACCUCUUUCAGAUACCUCUCUUGACAUCAGGGAUAUCAAUGGAAAGGAACUUGAUAUUAGAGUCGACCCGGAUAAUUACGAUGCUAAUACUUAUCAAGUGAAUCACAACACAACAUCAAUUUAUAAAAGAUCCAUCGAUGGUGUCUUUUACAAUCAUACUGAAGGGGCAUUGAGAGAAUUGCAAAAGAUAAUUGACGUGGCGGAUAGAGGAAUGUUGUUAAUUUCCAGAGGGAUCGAAAGAAGCCAAGCCUUGAUUGUCGACCAUUCUUCUGGCUCCAUCAUCGACCCCUCAGCUAACACAUGA